CAACACCGCCAGCGCAACGCACAACGCCCAAAUGUCGCUCUUCGCCAAUCUCGGAACCGGCCAGCCCGCUUCUAGCGGCGCAUCGACCUCGGGCACGCCAGCCUUCAAGCCGCUGUUUGGCGGAACUACCACCACGUCCUCCGGCACCUCGCCCAGCUUGUUUUCCGGCCUUGGGGCCUCCACCGGCGCGCCGUCUGGCACAUCGCAACCCACGCCUUCAGGCGGAUUGGGAGGAAGUUUGUUUGGCAAUCUGGGCGGAGCAAAGACGGCAGCGCCCGCGCCGGCAUCCACAUCUGCUUUCUCUCUAGGCGGCGCGACCUCCCAGCCGCAAUCCACUGGCUUUGGCGGCCUGUUCUCGAAACCGGCUGGUCAGCAGCCGCAGCAAUCGACGACGACAAAUCCACUAUCCAACCCACAACAAACCAGCGGAUUCGGGCCGUCCUCGUUUUUGGGUGGUGCCUCGACACAACAGCAACAACCGCAAGCUGGUGGCCCUCUGUCGCAGUCGCAGGCAGCCGCGGGCCGAUCAGCGCACUUCGAUCAUCUGCUUGAGCGGGGCCGCAAACGCAAUGCUGGCGAGAAUGGGCUCAGCAACUUCGAGGAAUUGCCUGCUCUGCAGCUUGGGCUGGGCGACAUUGCGCGCAAGGUGCGCAAUCUGGGUGCUGGCGGUCCUUCGGCGGACCAGGCGCAAGAUCGUGCUGCGCACUAUCUGCUAUCCGCCUCUGGCGUGAAGAUGGGCAGCACCCUCCGUGAUCUCAAUCAGUUCUCUACGCAAGCGGGCCUGAGCACCACCGGUUCAGCAGCCAAUGUUCUAGAUACGGACGUUGACAGCUACAUCUCGAACCUCCACUCGCAAUCCACCUUAGCUCUGAUCCAGGAAGGCUUGGAGCAGUCUAAGCGCGACUUCGAUGCCUUCCUGGAGGACAAUGUCCAGAUCGAAUGGGAUAAACAGCGGCAAAGGAUAUACGAGCACUUCGGCCUCGGCAGGCAGAGCGAAGAGAUGGCAGCUUCGCAGAGCACGUUUGGUAGCACAACCGCUCGCGGGGCGUUUGGGAGGUCCACACGCAAAGGCCGCUCGACUGGUGCAAAGGGUGCAUCGGUGAACGGCGGAUCGUUUGCCGCCUCUGCUGGGCCGCCCGUCAUUGGGUCCGUCAUGUCGCCAUACCAAAAGAGAGGGCUCAAUGGUGACUCUCCGGACAAGUCUAUGCUUGCUGGGCAAACCGGUCCCGGCGAUCGUCACACACGCGACAAACAGGAAAAGUUCAUGGAGACUGUCAAGAAGCUUAAUGAGACUAGGCUUCAAGAACGCCCCUUUCCCGUCCUCCAUGAGUUCGCCGCGGUGGAGAAGGUUGCACGUGGAGAGAAUUCGGAUUACUUCAUCAAUGCGUACAGAGCGCUAGCCUCUAUCACGGGUGAGAAGGAGGAAUCAGAUACUCCAGGGAUCGACAACCCCAAGGAACGUUGCUUCGCCGCCGAGUACCUGGAUGAACAACCGAAUUCGGUCAGGAGCGUGCGGAUGCGCAAACGCAUUCUUGACGGCUCCCGCCAAUUUUUGGAGAAGAAGUUUAUGGAUAACGUUCAAGAGGUGCUGGAGAAGAAUGCACAGGACGCCAGGCCUGGCGGCGAGCCAUCCAGAAUAAAUAAGAUCCGAGGAUUUGUCAGGGCCAAGAUAGCACAGAAAGAGCUGGGAGCAGAGAUAGAGCAUCUGCAGAAGAUUGGUGGCGACGGCGAUGAAUUCCCUUGGGUCAUCAUGUUCUACCUCCUGCGUGCCGGCCUGACGCAAGAAGCCUCGGACUACGUGCGAGAGAAGAGAAACUUCUUCCAGAACAACGACAGGAAUUUUCAGGCCGCAGUAUCGUACUAUGCCACCGAUCCAGAUCGCCGGUUGAGCCCUGAAUUGCAACAAAAGAUCAAUCAUGUACAUGCACAGCGUGCUCGGAUAGCGCCAACGAACGACCCUUACCGCAUGGCCUGCUACAAGAUCAUCGGCCGUUGUGAGAUGAGCCGCCGGAAUCUUGACACAAUAAAAGAGAGCAUGGACGAUUGGGUAUGGCUGCAGUUCAACCUGGCUCGAGAAGGGAACCGUGCCGAGGAGAAUGCUGGCGAAAUCUUCGGACUGGACGAGAUACGCGCGACCAUCAGUGAAAUAGGCCAGCGCCAUUUCAUGAAUGAUGAUGCUGAAUCCGCAGGUGGAUAUGGAGUUUAUUUCUACCUUGCUACGCUUGCUGGUAUGUUUGAGCAGGCAGUCAAUUUCCUCUACCAGAACCACUAUGUCUCGGCGGUGCAUUUCGCGAUUGCCCUGGACUACUACGGACUGUUGCGGGUAUCGGAUUGGAACACCGCGGGCAUGGAGAUUCUCACCUACACGACGCGGCAACAGCCACAGCUCAACUUUGGAAGAGUGGUUGGCUUCUAUACUGGCGACUUCCGGGCAGCUCGAGCCGACGCCGCGGCAGAGUAUCUCAUCCUGAUCUGCUUGAAUGCGGAUCUACCUGGUGAAGCGGGCAAGCAACAAGCGGAACUUUCUCACGAAGCCCUCCGCGAGCUCGUUCUCGAGACACGGGAGUUCUCAACGCUACUAGGUGACGUCAAGUCUAAUGGACAGACUACAUCAGGUCUUAUCCAGGAGCGCGUACCGUUGAUCAAGCUGAUCGGCGAGACUGCUCUGGUGAACGCUAUCACACGCGAGGCAGCGAGGAUGGCGGACGACAACGGACGCACCAACGACGCUGUUCUACUGAACCAUCUUGCAGGAGAAUACGACAGCGUCGUGUCGAUCCUCAAUCGUGCCCUGUCCGAGGCUCUCUCUGUUGAGCUCGGUCAGGAGCCGCUACGGCUCGAGCCACUAAAACCCCGAUUAGCGACCGUGCAGCCGCAACAAACCCAGGAUCUAACGUCUAGCCUUAGUAUGCUCGGGACCGAUGACCCGGUCGAGCUGGCGCACAAAGUCAUCGUGCUGUACGAUGCAAACAGCUUGUGGUGGAGAAAAGUCUCGCAAACGAAUCGCGAAUCACUUGGUAUCUUGUACUCCCUCAACACGGCAAAGAAAGUCAUCGAAGCCCGCUCCUACAUGGAAGCCCUUGGUCAAAUCGAGUCCCUCCGCAUCUUGCCUUUAACUUCCGGCGGCAACCUCUCCGACAUCCGCGCCCACGCCAAUUCUUUCUCCACCUACCCGCCCGAAAUCGCGCGCAACAUCGGCAACGUGCUGCUCUGGUGCAUCGGCUGCUGUAGCCGCCACCGCGAAGUGCUACUAAGCGGGCAGUACGAAGAUCCAACGAGGAGGAGCUUAGCAGAUCAGCUGCUUCAGAAGGCGAAGGAUCUCAUGGUCUUUGCGGGCUUGAUUCGGUACAAGCUGCCGCCGAGGGUGUUCGAGACGCUUGCGCGGGAGGGACAGGAGGUUGGCGCUUAUUAGCAAAGCAGGGAAGGGUGAUAGGGUGAGGAAAAUGAGGGGACGAGGAAGAUGAGAUGUUUGGGGGUAUGAUAUGUGAGAUUUGGUUUUGGACGAUGCGUUGGAGUGCGCAAUUCUGCCAUAGAGCAUCGUUCCCCGACAUUCUUGCGUAGAAUAUAUAUCCUUUGGGCACUGCUGCACCAGAGAAGCGGUGGCCCUGAAAAAGAAACGAAGAGUAUCAGUUUCGAAGCGUGUAUUCCGAUGCCUUUGUUGGUGAAUAUAGAUAGAGCCUUUGAUCGGGGGAUUGAAGAUUGC